AUGGCGGACAUAAAUCCCCGAAUUGAUAGCUCCGGGACGAGCAUGGAAGAAAAGCCCGUGGGAAAGACUGUCGAAGACGUUGGCGACACUGAUACCCAAUCCGUUGAGGGCGCAGGCUGGGAUGAGUCAACGACCAAGAAGCUAAUUCGCAAGAUUGACUACCGCCUAAUUCCUUUUCUCGCACUCCUCUAUCUCCUUUCCUUUCUCGACAGGACCAACAUUGGCAAUGCCAGACUCGACACUCUGGAAGCAGACCUUGGCAUGCCCAAGACUAGCUUACAGUACAAUAAUGCUCUCGGCAUCUUCUUUCCCUUCUAUGUCGCGGCCGAGGUGCCUAGCAAUAUGGCUAUGAAGAGGUUUCGCCCAAGCAUUUGGAUUCCUAUUAUUAUGAUCGCUUGGGGAAUCUGUACAACACUCAUGGGAAUCGUUCAGAACUAUCCUGGGCUCAUGGCUGCGAGAGCGGCAUUGGGUCUUGCUGAAGGUGGUCUCUUCCCUGGUAUUACCUACUACAUCACAAUGUGGUAUGCUCGCCAUGAGUGUGGUCUUAGAAUGGCCAUCUUUUUCUCUGCUGCCACAGCAGCUGGUGCUUUCGGAGGUCUGCUGGCGCGCGGUAUCAUGGAAAUGAGAGGAGUUGGAGGAUUGUCUGGGUGGCAGUGGAUUUUUAUCCUCGAGGGCAUACUGACCUUCUUCGUGGCUAUUUCCGCUUUCAAGUUUAUGUACGACUACCCAUCAACCGCGCCCUUCCUCAGUCCACCGGAGCGCAAAGAGGUCACAGCGCGUCUCAAGCGCGACCGAUCCUCACUCGCGGAUGAGUUCGACAUGAAAUACUUCUGGGCUGCCCUCAAGGACUGGAAGAUCUGGGUACAUAUGUUUAUUACCAUCGGAGUGUACACACCGCUGUACUCAUAUGCUCUCUUCCUGCCGACAAUCGUUGCCGAUCUUGGCUACCGAAACACAACCGCACAGCUCCUGACUGUGCCCCCUUACUUCGUGGCAUGCUUCUUCUGUAUCGGUGCCGGCUACCUUGCGGACAGAUUGAAGACACGAGGCAUUUUCAUGAUUGGAUUCAUGAUCAUAGCCAUGAUUGGCCUCAUCAUGCUUCUUGCCUCGAAUACCAGCGGGGUCAAAUACGCUGGCUGCUUCUUUCUCGCGACCGGAAUUUACCCUAAUGUCCCACAAGGCGUGGCCUGGAACGGUAACAACAUAGGAGGAUCUCUCAAGCGCGGCGUCGGAAUUGCCAUGCAUGUGGGCUUUGGAAACCUGGGUGGCCUGAUCGCGGCAUACAUCUAUUUAGCCAAGGACAGGCCCACCUAUCGCCCCGGUCACGGCACCUUGCUCGGCUUCCAGGCCAUGGCCACAACCCUGAGCAUCUUCAUGACCAUCUAUCUCCGAAAGGAGAAUGCGAGGCGCGACAGGAUGCACAAGCCACCGAGCGAAUACACUGAGGCGGAGCGAUAUGCUGAGAGAGAACUCGGGGACAAUGCAACCUUCUUCAGAUACACGGUCUAG